AUGGCGAAUAAACUACAGUCACUCCGAUUACUGGCCCGCACACGUUGUUCACCGUCAACUGGCCGCACCCUCACAACGCUCACAGGCCGCUCGUUACGACCAUCACCAUCGCCCGCCAUUCGUCCCUCCUUCACAACCCUUCCACCCUCGAACUCCUUUUCAUACACCAGCAAUUCCCGAAAAGGGCUCCAGCCCGAGUCCGACAACCCUGCACCACCCAACACAGAGCCCAGCAUAUCCACUGCCAACACCUUGCCCGCGCCUCUAUCUGAGGACGAAUACCACGAGAAAGCCGACCAGUACCUCGAGCGCCUCGUCCUCGCUCUCGAAGAGAAGGCCGAGAGCAAUCCUGAUUUCGAAGUCGAAUAUGACUCAGGCAACCUAGAGUUAACGACCCCGCAAGGCAUCUAUGUGAUCAACAAACAGCGGCCGAACAAGCAGAUCUGGCUGUCGUCGCCCGUGUCGGGUCCCAAGCGGUUCGAUUUCGUGAUCGCGGGCGCGGGCCAGCAUGAGAAGGAGGAGAGCGAGAGGGUUGAUGAAGGGGAGGGCGAUGAUCGCGAAGGUGGGAGGUGGGUGUACCUCAGGGACGGGGACUCCUUGACCGACUUGAUCUUCAAAGAGGUGGGCGUCAAGAUCUAG